AUGUCCGAAUAUACAUCGACGCGCGAAGGCUUCCAGCGCGCCAUGGAGUGGAGUCUCUCAGGCGCUCCAAACGAAGCCAAGGCUUACGCGGAAGCCUUGUCCACGCCCGAUUUUUACCAGGUCAUGAAUGGGAAGCGCUUUGCGUACGACACCUACGUUGAGGACAUCGCCCAGUGGCGUGCUAAGGCCAGUGAAUAUAAGCCAGUCGUGCAUGAAUUUCUCCGCGACGGUGAUCUUCUGUCGGCUCACAUGACAGGAACAAUCAAGGUCGAUGACGUACCUACGCAUUUUGAAUGUUUCAUGUUUGCCAAAGUGGACAAGGAGAGUGGGAAGAUGGAGCAUUUAAUUGAGCGCUCUCUCUGGGGACCUGCUGGCGAAGCUCCUAUCCAUGGUGUUUAA